UUUUUGGGGGUUUGGGCGGGUAAGAGUUGUUAUUGUUGAGCUUUUAACUGGGCAAAAACCAAUCUCAUCCACUAGAUCUCAAGAAAGUAGGAGUUUAGUCACGCAUUUUAUGGAAUCAAUGGAGGAAAAUCAUCUACUUGAGAUUCUUGAUCCACGGAUUCUCAAGGAGGGUCGGAGAGAAGAGAUGAUUGCUAUUGCUCACCUUGCAAGAAGAUGGCUAAACUUGAAUGAGAAAAAGAGGCCUACAAUGAAAGAUGUAUUAGUUGAGUUGGAAGGAAUUAGAAUGUCACAAGGAGGUUCAACCAUCCACCAACACUAUGAACAAGUUGAAUACAAUACAACUGAUUUGACUGAGGCUUGGGAUGUUGCUUCAACCUCAACAGGGACAUUCUUAGAUAGUGGGAGUGGCACAGCUUUAUCGUUUGAUAUCCAACCACUAUUGCAUACCAAGUAGUGAAGUCUAAACUAGACAUACAAUGCUUGUCUAUGCUAGAUAUUUACCAUAAUGCUUUGUUAGUCAAAUGUUAAUUAUGUACUAGUAUGUAAUGUUACAAACUUGUACUAAUAACUUAUGCCUUGGAUUGGCAAUAAUAGUAGUUUUCUAUACCAUAAUUCAUAUUGAUAAAUUCAUUCACCUAGAACAAACUAGAUUCAUUUCA